AUGGCCGCCGACCCGGCUCAACCUGACGCGCCCGAGCUGGACUCGUUCAGCCUCGUCCUUCCCUUGCCGUAUCGCGUGGCCCUGAUCAUAGUCCUCGGCGUCUGGGCCUGGGGCGCUAAUCUUCAAUACCUCGCCCUCAUCCGCAUUGACGUGCCGUCUCUGAUAAGAUACCCGUCUCGCAGCUCGCCCACGCUGCCGCCGCACCAUCUCUCGACCUACCGCCUGGCGACGCUCCUGUCGCUUCCGCUCGCCGCGUCGCUCCUCCUUUUCUGGCUCAUCACCCAUGGAGAUGCCCAGGCCGUCGUUGACUGGGAGAUUCUCCCUAAUCUGUACCUCAUCGUUCUGGUCUGCUGCAUGGUCCUGCCAUGGCAUUCGGUCUCGCGCUCUGGCCGCUCCCGUUUCCUCUCCACCCUCAAGCGCAUCAGUAUCGGCGGCAUAGCGGAGGCGCAGGACGGCAAGUUCGGAGACAUCCUCAUGGCCGACGCCAUGACGUCGUAUGCCAAAGUCCUGGGCGACUUGUUCGUCGCAUUGUGCAUGUUCUUCACCAGGAAGCACUCGACGGGGAGGCCAGACCGGAGCUGCGGAGGCGCAUUCUGGGUGCCCUUCAUCAUCGCCAUACCCAGUUUGAUUCGGUUCCGCCAGUGCAUCAUCGAAUACUUGCGCGUGCGGCGGAGCAACCAGCGCUCUGGCACCAUCGGGAGCGCAGGCUGGGGCGGCCAACAUCUCGCCAACGCCCUGAAGUACUCCAGCGCUUUCCCGGUCAUCAUCCUCAGCGCCAUGCAGAGAGGCUACGAGCCGGGCAAGUUUGGGCUCAGCGAAGCCGGGCUCUUCAGGCUAUGGCUGCUCGCCGUAUUCCUCAACUCCUUUUACUCCUUCUACUGGGAUGUGACCAAGGAUUGGGAUCUUACGCUGCUUUCGGGGCAGAGGGAGCGCAACAACCCCGAGCACCCGUGGGGCCUGAGGCGCAAUCGUUAUUUCCACACAAAGGAGAUGUACUAUGGCGCCAUCAUCAUGGACCUGAUGCUGCGGUGCACGUGGAGCUUCAAGCUCAGCCCGCAUCUGGAUCAUUUCAACGAUCUCGAGGGCGGCAUUUUCCUUAUGGAAUUCCUGGAAGUGUUCCGGAGAUGGAUCUGGAUUUUCUUCAGGGUUGAGACGGAAUGGGUCCGUAACAACCGUGGCCCAGCCCCAGAUGAUAUUUUACUGGCAGACCACAACGGCAUUAAGUUGGACGAGGAUUGA